AUGGAAACCAAAAAAUUGAUUGGUAGAUCACUUCGACCAGCGACUGUUCGUCAUCUGACUUCUGCCUCUGGAACAGUAUUCCCUUUCAACUUUCAGAAUGAAUAUCCAUGCAACACUCAGUACUUACAAAGUGGAGUUAGUAGAGUAAUUCCUUCUGGCCUGCAAACUUUCAUUAAGGGGCAUCCAGAAAGUACUGAGUCAAAAAGUGAUCUGAGAAAACAGAGAAUUAAAUACAGCAGAGAUUUCCUGUUGAAGCUCUCAAGUGUUUCCAUAUGCAGGAAAAAAAAAGACUUUCUGCCUGAUCAUCCUGUUGUACUUCAAAAACCAGAAAACAGUAAAGGUUUUAAGGAACAUUUUAAGAACAGAUGAAUUUGAAGAUAAAGAAUUAUUUGUUUUAUGUUUGGACACCUGCAAAUGAAGUGGAUCUGAUAACAAUAACUGUAAUGGACUGUGACAAUUCAAUUCAUUUUUCAUUUUGAUGUUUGGGUAUUUGAUUUUUUUUCUAAAAUGAGAGAUAUAUAUUAAAUUGUAAAGAAUUUUCUAAUCAGUUUCAGCUUUGCAGACAGUUUCGUAAAUAAAGUGGGAAGAAACACAAGUAAAAUUGUGGUUAAUGACAUAGGAAGAUUGUGUAUUUAUAAUUUGUAUGCUACUUUCAGUCUUUUGUUUUUCACCACUUGUAAUAAUAGAAUGGAAAUAUAAUGUAUAAACAUUCUCAAAUUAUAAACUAUUUGCUGCAGUGUAUAUAUGGCAUAUAAUUUCUUGUUGCUGAGGUUGCUGCUGUUUUGUUUCACACUGAUUUAAGACCAGCACUUGAAUA